CACCUACAAGCUUAACUCUCCACAUACAUUAUAUUUUGAGAUCAAACAACUUAUCAAUCGGAAGAAUGGAAGGGAAAACUUUGGUUCUAAGUGUGCUCGUAAUGAGUUUGUUCAUAGCGCAAAUCAACGCUAAGAGCUGCUGUCCAUCCACCACUGCUAGAAACAUCUAUAAUACUUGCCGUUUUGCUGGAUCUCCUAGGCCAGUAUGUGCAAGCCUCAGUGGCUGCAAAAACAUUAGUGGGACAAAAUGUCCUAAUGGAUAUACGCAUGACACUCUCGAAAACACAGGUAAUACUGUCGAUGCUUACUGCAAGUUGGGGUGUGUAUCCUCUGUAUGUGGUGGCUUAACCACUCUCCAGAACUCUGAUGCAAGUGAAAUCGUAAGUGGAGCAGUUGAGAAAUGUGCUAACGCAUGUUCUACUGUCUGCACCAAGGGUUCGGUGAAUGCAGUUGAAAUUGCCUAGUCAAGCAUAAAAAUACCACGGGUGAAUGGAGAUUUACACUGUUGUUUUCCAUGUAUCCAACAAUUACCAUGUAUGUGACAACAAUGUUAAUACUCUCGUGCUCGUACUUGUGUAUGCGUGUAGAAGGUUAUAAGUCUUCUACUCUCUAUCUUUUCAAUAAUGAAUAAAUGUUUGUAUCAAUCUUUAUGCUCUCAAGCAA